GUGCUUAGUGUGGAUCGAAUGCUGGAGCUUCUUAGGAAAGGCAACGCCAAUCGCCAAACAGGGGAGACAAAGAUGAACGAGACGAGCUCACGGUCUCACGCCAUUAUUCAAAUUACCAUCUCUCAGAAGUAUGGUUCUCUGGAGAUGCGGGAUGUAGAAAGUGUGGUGUUGUUGGUGGAUUUGGCUGGCAGUGAGCGGCAGAGUAAGACGGAGUCCACCGGGGUCGCAUUUGAGGAGGCCAAGAAAAUUAACCACUCACUCUUGAUGCUGGGUCGGGCGAUGAACUCAUUCAGUGACCGUAAGGGAGGCGAUGCAUUCAUUUCGUUGCGCGCCUCAAAGCUAACUCGUUUACUGUCGGAGAGCUUUGGUGGUAACAGUAAGACGUGGAUGCUUGCAACCGUAUCUCCUGCAGCAACCAACUUGACAGAGACCGUCUCCACCCUGGAAUACGCUCAGAAUGCCAUGGCCAUAACAAACAAGGCGAAGGUGAAUGAUACCAAAAAGAAUCUUGAUCUUAAGCGUCUUAAAGAGCUUAUUGCGGUGUUAGAGGGCAAGCUGGAUGCUGCUGGGCUGGAGAAGGCAAGGAAGCAGGAAGAAAUUGGACGUUUGAUUCAAGAGAGGGAUGCACUAGAGCAGGGGGUUGCGUAUGCCGAUAAUCAUCACGACACCAAGGACAAACUGGAGUUGACUCUUAACAACCUUCGGCUGAGCAAUAUCGCUCUUCGGAGGCGGGUGGAGGCAGCUGCAGGAGGUUUCAUUCGUUCUCUUGAUGACAAGUCUUCGUUUUUGUUUUUUAAGGGCAGGUGCGGCAUUACGCUAGAGAGUGUGCUUCUUGGGCAGCGGCGUUCCUUUUACAUUGGCUUGUUGACGGAAUGUGGUGUGCUCACAGAGGCCACGUUGCACAUUCAAUUGUUCCCGUGUGAACCGCACGCCACUGAGCGAGAUGCUCCAAUGGGGUUGAUUGAGAAGCGUCUGCGCUUCUGUCUUCAUGUUGUGGGUGCAUCAGGCAUCCCCAAGGCCUUUGUGGCGCACACGUUUUGUAAAUUUACUCUUUUAUAUGAUCGAGAAGAACGCUAUUUUACGACAUCAACAGCUGACAAUACGGAAAACCCUCACUGGGGCUGCGUGCGGAUCUUUGACAUCCCCAAGUUGACUGCAGAGGUUAUACGUUGCUUUUGUGAGCGUCCUGUGUUUACAUUUGAGGUAUUUGCAUUCAACGCGUGA